UAUUCCUAAUUAAAACAAAAACAGGCGGCGUGGGUAAAGAUAAAUAAUGUGUCUGUUAGACUUCUUCCAUAAUAGUGAUAAAUACUCAUGUUUAUGGAGGAUAAAAGGAGGCUAGAUUAUUUUUGGCUCACUCUUUAAAGUGUGCUGUCCGCUCCUGCCUCCUCGUCUUUCCGUGUCAUUGAUGCAAACGGGAGGUCCUUAAAGAAAAGUUAAAAUCCAAAACUUUGAGUCCAUCCCAUUUCCUGGACGACGUUCCCGAGGGACGGCCAACGAAUACCGGCAUGGGAAAGUUCUCCCCACUUUUUUCCGAUGACUUCGAUGCUUUUUAAAGAAGGGAAACACAAACCGAGCGGAGCUGCGGAUCGCCACAGCAGCAGCAGGGAGCGGAGCGAGGCGGGCGAGUACCCGGAGGAGUGAGGAGACCUGCCCACCAACACGGACACAAGGCCCGCUUCACGAGGGAAAGGAGCAGAGGAUGUCCAGAGCUGACUGGUCCUACCUGGAGCACCUGCUCGAGGAGGGCCAGGAGUAUUCGACGGGCAUUGGCCGUGUCUGGCUCACCGUGCUCUUCCUGUUUCGCAUGCUGGUGCUGGGAACCGCCGCCGAGUCGGCCUGGGACGACGAGCAAGCCGACUUUGUCUGCAACACGCGGCAACCCGGCUGCACUGCCGUGUGCUACGACAAAGCCUUCCCCAUCUCCCACUUUCGCUACUUUGUCCUCCAAGUCAUCUUUGUCUCCACGCCGACCAUCUUCUACUUUGGAUAUGUAGCUGCCGUGGCUGGCAAGGAAAAAGAAGAAGAGGAGGAGGAGGAGGAGGCAGAGAAAUGUGCCGCUGGAGGUAAGAGGGGAGGGAGAGCUCUAGAAAAGGACAAUGCACAAGGGAGAGAGAAACAGGGGGGCGUUGGGAAAGGCCGACGAGCUGAGAAGGCUCCACCUGACGCUCCGAAACUGAAAGGGAGGUUGCUGUGUGCGUAUACAUUCAGCAUCCUGACCAAGGUCCUCCUGGAGGUUGGCUUCAUCCUCGGCCUCUGGUUCCUUUACGAUGGCUUCUUCAUCGCGGCAAAGUUUGAGUGCACAUGGUCCCCUUGUCCUCACACCGUGGACUGCUUCGUCUCUCGACCCACGGAGAAGACCAUCUUCACCAUCUACACUCAGGCGAUCGCCACCAUCUCCUUGCUCCUCAACCUCGUCGAGCUCCUUCAGCUUGCCGUCGCCCACCGGCUGCGGAAAUACGACCGCGCCGAGCACUACUCGCCCCGGUCCGAGCAGGCCCCGGCUCCAGAGGAGGCUCGCGCACUUCAGACAGAUUCGUCCGAGUCUUACAAAGCAGGGGGCCGUGUCGGCCCCCCCGGGCCAGGCGAGGCGGCGUGCUUCCCAAACCCCUGCGAGAGCUACGGCAAUCUGGCCAUUGAGGUGAACUGGGGACCCGAGGAGGUGGGGAGCGACCUGCUUCCCAGUUAUGUGAACUGCAUGGGGGCUAUGAAGACGCCACGUUCCCCGAAAGUCCAUUACAAGGCACACGCACAGCACACAGUGAAGGACACGAGGGGCGACCUUAAAGCACUCUCAAAGCAGAAGCACUAUGUAUGAUGCAGUCAGAUGUGGCGAAUCGUUGCUCAUGACCACGGAACCUCCGGCCUUUUUUUUUUUUUUUUCCGGGGUCUUCCCGAUUUUAUUUUCAUAAAUAUUAUCCUGCACAUGACACUCGACUAUCAGCAGUGCGCAAUGAGAGCUCAAACAAUGGAGAAAGAAGAACACUAUCGCACUGUGAACUCCAUGCCUCAAAGGCAGGCGGAAAACCAGAGAUUUACCAGAUAAAUGGACCUCUUUAAAUUGAAACAUUUUGAGAACACUCCCCCGGGCAGAAAGAAAAUGAGACUACACAAUGAGCAAAGCUUACAGUCAUGAGAUGCCUUCAUGCCAGUGGAAAAAAAACUGCAGCGGGGGGUCUGCGGUAGGCCUCGGGAUACUUUGUGAGUGUGUACGGGAGGGGCAUGCAGUAGAGACAUAUUUAACCCUCCUGUUACCUUUACAUUGACUGACAUAUUUUACCCGUGGGGUCAAUUUGACCCCAGCAAUUAAAACCUCCAGAAAAUUAUUAGAAUUAAUAUUGUUUCCCAAGUUUAAGUGUGAGGUACUUCAUGUUUGUUUGUUGACUACCUAAAUAGCCCUUUAAAUAUAUAAAAAAGUUGAUAUUUUUUAUAGGUUUGACACAGUGAAAAACAGCCUGGGGUCAAAUUGACCCGAAAGAACACCGACAUUAAACAUUGAAUGGGGUCAAAUUGACCCUAAAGGUAACAGGAGGGUUAAGCAUAUUCCCCUGAGAUUUGCACUGUAACCCCUAGAGUUCCUUGACCCCCCCUUCACUUUCUCCCAUGGAUCCAUCCACACUGGAAUGUACUGGUCUCUGGCUCCCAAGGGCAUAAUGGCUGUGUGGACGCAGACAUGCAUGCACACACACACACACACACACACACACACACACACACACACAACGACGUGCCUUCCCCUUUCACCCAGUAAGUUUUGGUCACUCAAGUUGGGGACUGGGAAAGACUUGGGUGAGGAGAAGGAGAGCCAAACCAGAGGAAUUUUGGAAUUGUAAAUGACUAAUCAUUGCCGGUAACCAUAGUAAUUUAGCAAUGAAGAACGAGGGAGAGAGAGAGGACCACCGCAUACUAGUUCGUGAGAGCUCAAUAAUGGAGGACUGACAUGCCCCCAGUCUGAAAAUGAAACUUUUCCCGAGAGCUUGAGAGAGAAUUCAAAAGAUGGAUUAGUGAAUGUGUGGACUGAAAGUGGUAUGGAGAUGUGCAAACCUAAUUAAAGGAAAUGACUUAUGUGAAAACUGUAUUUAAUGUUUAAUGUAUUAUGAAGCAAUACUUGUGUUUAAUAUUUAUUUUUUUGUGGAAAAUAAAGUUUAAAGUAUAAAUGUA